UGCCCACUCAAAGCGCAGCUAAUUGAUGAAGCUGCGAACACUGACAUCAAUGUCUCCAUGUCAUUGAUAUACGGGCACAGUUCGGGGCUCGCGGCCGCGAGACCAGCUAUUAUCCGAAGAUGCCUCAAACUGGCUUCGGCCAAUGUCCGACAAGGUGUCGCAAUUGACUGUUCAUCGACUUUUCCGCGGGCAUUUAGCUCCAUCUCGAGAAGAGCAGAGCAAUCAAGCGCCCCAACACACUCUGCUCCCAUCGCCAUUUCUUGGCUCACGAAGACGCCACACGAGGUGACACAAGAUGAAGUCCUCCGUCACCUUCCCCCGGUACCUUCCCCCGACAAAACAGACAGAGUCCCUAUCCUCCUGGUCACACCAGCAUUUGCUCCGUGGAUUGAACGAGGAAAUACGUUCCUCGAUGAACUCAUGAACAAGCUGUUCACAGACAAGUCAGAUAAUCUACGACGGAGUCCUCGUCACGCAGUUGCAGCAAUUGUAGAUAAACUACCUGACCCGCGCGACGAAGUCGCCGACCUGCUAGGGUCAGAAGGUCUAUCACUAUUGCUAGCCCAGACUGAAGACGUAGCAGGGAAGGCCGCCAGAGCCUCCCGACUGAAGAGCACGGACAAGGAUGAACCUUCUUUCAUAUAUUCUGUGAAGCCCACACGCUCAGCCACUGCAUCAUAUGAAGUUGGUUUGCGCUUAGCAAACACUAUAUUCCUCAAUGGGAAGGAUAGGACUAUGUUCGGGAUGCGCUGGGAAUACAAGUCCGAUCACGGGAGGUUCUGUCUAAGUCAGAGUAGUGAUCUCUCUAACUGCACAGUCACAUCUGCGGGGGAGCGCAUCCAGACCUCCUUGGGCGUUUCGCUUUCCCCGGUGGGCCAACGUCGAAAGGUCAUGUCUAGUCUGGGGAAUAUCCUCCGUCAAGUGUCGAAGUCAACGGAUGGAAAGUCGAAUGACGCAAUGCCAGCGUCGUCUGAAUUGGAGAAAGAGCUUCCAAGGUAUGUAGAGGAACAUGCACUCGACCAGAGGGUUUCUGUAUGGGCGUUGGUCGAAAAUCCAGACCGUGUUCUAUCGACUAACGUGUUCGAUUCGAACCAUGUCCUGAAUGCCAUCUCCAAUGGCAGCAAGCUUCAUCGGGUGAUGAGCGGCGGUGGAGGAUGGGGGAAGAAGCAAGGUUUACUCUCUUUGGACCCUGAAACCACGUUUGCCGAUACUACACCGUACGGCGGCUUAUUUCCUAUCGAUGAGCUGCUUGGUUAUGGAGACGCAGACUCACUGUCGGAAAAGUUGCAAGGCUUUCCAAAGUCGUUCGAAAAGCUUGCCUACGGAGAUGACCUGUCCGCUCUUUCCCAGGUCGCAAGUGAGGGCGAUUUUAUCCAGUUUUACGCUUCAAUGGCCCCGAAAGCUCGAAAGGACAGCGCCUCUGGAGAUUUUAGUAACUCCGGGGAAGGGACUUGCUGUCGCUUUGGCGUUAUCCCACCUGCGGAGACAGCAGAGGCAAUUGCUGACACCAGCGAUGGACACUCGAAAGACAUUGUCAUGCUGCCCAACUAUUUUGGCGCACUGACUGAGAAAGCCAUCACCUAUUCCCAACCUAUUGGCGGUGAGAAGCCGCUGAACAACUCUGGUCAGAAUCGCACCAAGUUGGAUAUUCCAGGCUGCCGAGUGCAACUUCUAAUUGUAUAGACUACGGGGGAAUGAAGAAAUGUGGAGUUUGGGGUAUCAAUGUACAGUACAUAUUGUUUACGAGAGUGGAAAAAGGCUGUCUCUUAGCUGAUUAGCAUAGACAGUAUGGGUGCCUUGCCUCGGUAGAUCUCUGCCGCCAUAUAAGGAAAAAAAAGAAUCAUAAAAUAUGACCAGUGAACAUCACUAGAGGACAACCAAAUGAUAAAUGCUUGAAAUAAGAAACUGUAUCGUUGUCAUGAGAGAUGAAUUGCUGUUGGAGCGGUAGAUAUGGCAUCGAUGUUGACGUGCCGGGAAGCUGACGCCGCUGAUCGGUCGCGCCAAGCCCACG